ACCACCUAUACCUAUACGCCCUCUUCCUUCCUUUGACCACGUCGACCUUCUUCCUCUUCGCCCACCAUGUCUGACAUCAACAUCCCGGGAUUCAAGGCUUCGGACAUCAUCUCCCAGCUGGCACAAGUCACCAGCACGUACAGCGAAGAGGAGAAGAAGAAGGAAAUCAAGAAGACGAACGGCAUCUUCGAGCUGCGCAUAAAGAACGCGGAGGGCAAGGAGGGCGUGUGGACGAUCGACAUGAAGAAGACCGGGACGGUCUACAAGGGCGAGGCGAAGCCCAAGCCGGACGUCGCCAUCAUCUUGUCCGAUGAUACAUUUGUGCAGCUCGCCGAGGGCAAGCUUGACGGACAGAAGGCGUUCAUGACCGGCAAGCUGAAGACAAAGGGUAACAUGAUGCUCGCGACUAAGCUGGACGGCGUGUUGAAGACUGCAAAGGGCAAAGCAAAGCUCUGAGUUACGUCGUAUCGUUGUAUAUCAUACCGAUACCGUCAGCCUAUCCCCUUCGUUUUCCUCUUGCACGCGAUUCGCUUUGCGUCUGUAUUUCGUCUGAAUACUACCUGAAUUAAUCAUGUGUUCUACGGACUUACAUGCACGACGUGUC